CAUGUUGUGUUUUUCAAGGUUAGGUUUAAUUUCACCGGAUCGCGGAAAGAUUUCUUCCAGAAUCAUCAAUUCGACUACGGUUACUUGCUUAUUGUUUUGAAGAUUUGGAAUUGUUAUAACGAAAAAUGAACGCAAGUAUAAUGUUUAUAAAUUUAGCGAAAAGAUCGUAUAGUAUUCAGAAAAGUCGGAGAGUACUUUCGAAUCCCGGCAUACAGAGGAGGGCGGAUAUCCUAGAAGGCGACGUAGAAAAGGAUUUGGAAGCUUUUGACGAUUUAGAUUUGGAAGAAGCGGCGCCGGAUUUUUUCGGGGUUCACAAGUCCUACUCCAUGCACAAACAAGAAAUGGAGGCAGCUAAGGAGAAAUUAAAACUGCGCAUCGUGGCUAGAAAGUAUUUCAAGGAACAUGAACCGAACCUUUUAACGUACAUUGAAAAGCAGCAAAUACGUCACUUGCACGAGAGCGAUUCGCUGGUUUAUACUCCAGAAAAAUUGAGCGAAAGUUUCCCUGCGUUACCUCACACUAUACGUAGAAUUCUCAAAGCUAGAUGGCACGCUAGAAAUGCGGACAGGGUCGUGAAACAUGAUCAGCAGGUUAUUAAUAAUUGGAAAAAAUUCAAACGAGGAGAAUUACCGGUGGAGCCAAGAUGCAGGCAGCACUUGGAAAAGUUUAAGAAUCGAAAUAUUACUUUACCUGACAAAGCGGAAGUGGAAAAAAAACUCCUUCCACCGCCACCGGAAUUCAAAAAACCACAAAGUCAAAUAUACAGUGGAUUAAUACAGAAAUACUUGCAGGAUAAAAAGGGACAUGAUGAAAAUAAUAAAGUAGCAGUAGACAAUGGUUCCAAAAAUGAUUAUGAAAGUAAAGAUUUAAUGCACAAGUACAGGAAAAAUUCAACUGAGAAUAACCUCAUGUUCAAUUCUAACCAGAAUCCCCACAUAAUUACCAUCGGGGACACUGGAAAAGAGAAAAGAAGGAUCAAAAAUUUAGACAAACCUCUUACUUUGGACAAGUUUUUUGAGGAAUCUGUGAAAAACAUGGGAAGCGCACCUUCGUUGGAGGAUCAGGUCCUGAUGGAUACAUAUAAGAAGAAAGUGGAGUUGGAAACUGUGAAGAAUCAGAAAUUGGAAAACAUUGAUCGACCUGGGCUUCAAAAUUUUCCAACAUUGCCAAAGAGUAACCUGCCAUUGGCUGUAGUUGAGAAACAAAACGAGGCAAAGAAUAUCAAAGUGCCAGAUGAUUCCAAGAAAAUGGAGCUGCAAACCUACGUCAAAGUCUGGGAAAAGAAAGCGAUUCAGGAAGAACAUUACAGUGAAGUUAUAAAAAUUCCAAAGGAUCAAUACAAGAAAGGAAAACUGUAUAAAAUUCAGGAUUGCUUUUACGACGAUGAUGGAGAAUUUUUGUACAGAGUACCUGGACUCAAGGGCUAAUUUAAAUCAAUUGUAAAAACUUCAUUUGUUUUUUCGGAUUAGUUCACAUGGAGUAAAUCACAUAAGAUA